AUGCAGGGCUUGCCAUUGUCGGGCCGCAAAGCAGAGCUGGUAAAUCGGCUUCGGAAGCAUGGAGACAGCCGCUGGCAUGCUCUUACCGUAAGAGAGCUGCAGAAGCUCUUGCGCGAGCGAGGCCUGCAAGUAUCCGGCUUGAAGCGUGAGCUGGUGGCGCGCCUAGUCGAGAGCGACUGCGAGCGGCAAGAGAUGGACUGCAAGCAGCAAAUGAUGUUUUCUGGCAUCCCACGUCCAGCUUCUGAACAAGUAAAGGUGCCUAUACCCACCUCGCAGAUGACCGGAGUUGUUCAAGAUGUAAUGGCCUUUGGCGUCUUUGUGGAGCUCAUGUUGGAGCAGCAGAAGCUUUGGGGGUUCAUACCUGUUAGUGAGUUGAAGAAGGAGCUUUUGGGAGGUGAGAAUCAAAAGCAUGUCAAGGAGGGGGCAUUUCAGGCAGGGGAGGAGGUACAGGUCAGGGCUGUGCCAAAUACUGCCAGCGAUCAGCUGAUCCUCUCCAUAGACCAGGCAGAGCCUGGCCCUUGA